CUGCUGUCACUCGGUAUUUGUUGCACCAAUACAAUCGACCGAUACGAAAACCAUCCAAAUGAUCGACAAACAUUGCAAUUUGCGUUCGAUAUAAUAAAGUGCGACAGAAAGGCAGCACACACCAAAAGCAAAAGUAGAAGAGAAAAAAAAGAUAUUUAAGAAGAAGAAGAAGACGACACACAACGAUGAAACCAAAGAAAACAAUAUUUUUUGACAUAUACCCAUUAAGUAAAACGAAACAAAACUAAUCGUAGAAAGAAAAGAAGAAGAAAAAAAAACACAAAGUAAAACGAAAACGAAUUUAUUUGUGAAUUGAUGUUGGAGGAUAUAAUCAGAUCUGUGUGACACCCGGCCAGUUUAUGAUAUCGAACGAUGGAACGGCCCAUUAAAAAUCAAAAUGCCAACGAAACGGAUUUUGACAAACAAUACAAAGAAGAUUUGGAAAAGGCGACGGCGCUUAGUUUGGAAACAUUAGCACUUGAAGAGUUUCAUCGCACCAAAUCAUUGCAAUUGACCGGCUCAUCGGUGACCGAUGGCGGCGGCGCCGCCGGCGGCGGUAGCUCGGUCAUCACUAGUAGUGUUAUGAAAUUUUCAACAUCACAUAGCAAUUUAUCAUCGAUAAGUAUAAAAUCCAAUCAAUCGGUGACCCGACCACGACCCGGCUCAUUCGGUAAUUUACCAUCGACAUCGUACGCUGCCAGCGGAAAAUCAACAACAUUUCCCACAUCGUCGAGUAGCGGUUCAUUGGCACCACCACCAUCCAGUACACAACGGAAUCCCAAUCGAAACACAUCCAAACCCAAUGAUACCGAUUUAAUAUCAUUUUCGAAUCCCACGGAAAGCAUUUCCAAUGAUAAUUUACUAUUGACCAAUGACUCGGCAUUGACGACAACAACAACAUCAUCAUCGUUGGCCACAUCACCCGUUUGUGAUUCGCAUUCAAAUUUCAAGCAAAUGGUCGAUGAAAUUCAUAGACGCAAUGCACAAUUCUCGUCAUCGAUGGGCUAUCUACAUGCGGCCUCCACUUCAAAUUCAAACGCAAGCAGUAUGCAAUUGAUGCCGUAUACCGCACAAACAGGAAAAACCCUGAACCCAGAUGAACUCACCAAACUCUAUAAUAUGAAUCCGUAUAAUCGGCCAAUGAUUGGCGGCGGCGGAAGUGGGACCGGUGUCAGUGGUAUGGUUAGUUUUCCAAAUGUACCGAGUGGAAUUGCCCUAGGUCAUCAACCAAAUCACAAUUCAAACAUUGCCAGCCAAAUGUCAUUAGCACAAGCCAACACAAGUCCAGCUCAAUAUUUCACCUCAACGCCAUAUCUACAGCAACAAGCGCGGGGCUCAAUGUGUCCAUAUGCAUAUCAAUCAUCGGCUGGUGUUCCGUCAAUCGAACGACCCUUACUGAGUGCGGCUGCAACACCAAAUCUAUACACACAACGACAAACCACAAUGACAGUCAAAUCAAUGGCUAUGCAACAAACGCAUUCGUCGACAUUUGCGUCGAAUUCAAGUACAAAUCAGGAAACCGCCUUGGCUCACCUCCCCAAUAAGGAACCGAUCAGUAUUGAAAAGAAAAACAUUCCAUUUGGACAAGAGUCUACAAAUUUAGCAUCGAAAUCAACGAACAAAUUAUGUGAUAAUAGCAACAGCGGUAGUAGUCGUAGUAUUGUUCUACGACGAACAUCAACUGCUGCCAAACAGAUGGGUGAAGAUCUUAUCGAUUUGGACAAUGGAAUCGAGGACACGUUGCGUGUUAGUGUGCUAGAAGCAUUUGAUCCAUUGCUUUUGAACGACAACAGUGAGGUGAACGAUCAAGGUGAUGCCGCUUCGGAGUGUGGAACAUCAUAUUAUUCGGAAUGUGAUCCCUUUGACUAUUUGUAUAGCAGUGGAACACAGUAUUCGGAUCCGGUUUAUGAGGCCGUCAUUAAAAUCGAUCGUACACCCGCUUCGAUGACAAAUAAUGAACUGUAUGCCGUAACGAAUGCAUCGGGUCAAUCGAUUGACUUGAGUGAAAUUGGCAAAAAAUUGGAAAAUUCAUCGUUUACCACACCCGAUUGGGAUGAGAGAGACGAUGAAUUCCCCGAUUUCACGACGAUUUCACCAACAACAUCCGCACCACCAUUACCACCACGGAAUGCAAUGCCAGCUUAUUAUUCAGCUUCCUUCUCCGAAACCAAUCGGCCGAUUGUCAAUCGUACCGGCAACAAAACCGGCGUGGAUCGCCUAAAAGUCGCCACGAAACUCUAUGAAAAUGUGAUUGAAAACCGAACAUAUGACGCUGAACUACUUGCCUUCUAUAAUAUGGUGAAACGAGUGCGGUCUCAGUUCAAAUAUAAUGACGAAACAACAAAUGUCGGUCACAUUGUUGCCGCUGAAUACAAUAAUCACUAUCCCGAGGGAACGGAGAUAAAAUUGUUGGUGCAUCCAUUGUUGCCGGGCGGGAGCGUAAACCAACAUACAACAACAAAUCGGAAUAGUGGAGGUGACAGUGGCAUUGAAAUGGCAUCGGAUGCGGUCAGCGAUCAAAAUGGGAUUAACAAUCAAAAAGGUCAAAUCGAAGGUUAUGGACCACCUGUUGUGUUUACAUGUGAUAUUUGUACAACGGUUGAACAUGUGAUAGCGCAUGUGUUUUGUGAGUUAGAAGGUCAACAGUGUUCUGGCAAUGAAUUUGAUGAUUAUAUUUUAAAGCCGAUUGGCGUGAAUGAAUGGUUGCGGCCAACAUCAAAACUCAGCCAAUUGGAUUGUGUGCAUCAGAGUAUCAAGCUGGAGCAAGAUGUGCAAUUUGGAUUGUGGCCAAAAACGUAUGCAAAUCUCAAUGGUGUAGCGCGUACGCAACAGGAUGACAUUCGUGAUGCGGACAUUAAACCCGAGGACAUUCUAGCCCAUGAGCCAGUUGAAACGAUAAAUUACGAUAGUCUUAUGAUUUUACUGGAAACGCUGGAGGAUGAAAUUGCCAAAAUUGAAUCGACCGCCACCGAUACACGGCCACACAUAACGAUUUCACAGUCGGGUGUGGUGCAAGCGGUGAAAAUGAUAUGCGCACUAUUCGGUUCGAUUGAUACGUUAAGCAUUGCGGCAGCUAUAGAUGCAUUGAAUCGGAUGAUUGCACGUAACCAAAGCCAUGGAUAUGACGAUGGUGCAUCGUCGCUGGUGGGAGGUUCGAUGCUUGAAGUCGAUACCGAAGUUGGCGAUUAUGCAAAAGUCAAUUUAAGACCAAAAACAAUUGCCGAACAAAUCAAACACUGUUGCAAUCGCAUCAGAGAAUCCGUUCAAUCGUUGAUUGAUACAUUUUCGCAUGCAUUUCGUGUCGAUUUCUGUGUCAGCACUACGGUGUUCCACACGAAUCCAAUUCCAAUUUCACAAGUGUCCAAAAGUGUUAUGGUGCACAUGAUGUGUUUGCAUCGCAUACCACCGCAUUGGAAACACGAUUACUAUAUGCUGGGCGCGAUGAUCUAUCAUGGGACACGGUAUAUCGGCGAACCGGUUGUUAUGCAGUGUUCGAAUGAGAAAAGUGGGCUGUUUUUGCGAAAUUUGAAAUUUGACUCUUGGUUACAAUUUGAUAGCAUUCCGAUUUGUACCUUACCGAGAGAGUCGAGACUGAUUUUCGUUUUGUAUGGAUGUACAACUGAACCGGCAGAAGGAUCUGCCACAAAUGCAAACAAUGAUACAACCGAAAGUGGACCAGAUCGAAAGGUGACCAAAGUUGAAUUGGGCUGGUCAUCGAUUCAGUUCUUCGAUUUUGAGCGUCAAAUGAUCGAGGGAUCAUAUUUAUUGCCACAAUGGCCACCAACAACCGAUAAAUUCCUCGGGCCAGCACCAUCGAAAGGUACACAUCCGCACGGUGAUCAUUGUCCAACACUGUCGAUCAACGUUCCAUCGUACGGUGGACAAGUGGUGUUCCCAGAAAUAUCUCAAAAUAUCGUUGCGACGCGGCUCGAUUUUAACAGCCUCGAUAAGAAUCUCCAGCAGGAGCUGAUCGAUACAGCUGAACAGGGUUAUCCAAGUGCACUUGACAAGCGCGAAGUGUUGUGGGAAAAGCGUUUGUAUUUACAUAAAUUUCCGCAUGCCUUACCGAAGAUAUUGCACACAGCGCAUAGCUGGGACUAUGACAGUGUGAGCGAUUUGCAUGCCUUGAUUCGAUCAUGGGAACCGCUUUCACCGCUACAGGCGCUGGAGUUGUUUUUGCCACGGUAUCCCGAUAUUGUUAUACGUGAGCAUGCCGUUCGAUGGAUGUCAGCGAUAUCAAACGAUCAGUUGACCACAUUUUUGCCACAACUGCUGCAAGCACUCAAACAUGAUACGUACGAAGCAUCGGCUAUGGCCGAAUUUUUGAUAACACGAUCGCUUCAAUCGCCCCGUAUUGCCCAUCAUCUCUAUUGGCUACUGGUGCACUGCUUGCCCGGCGAUUCACCGCAGAAUACCAUCGAUCAAACGCAAUCGAACGAAAUCGAAGAGGCAAUCAUCACAAUGGCACGAUACAAUCGACGUAAUCUCAUGAUGCUUCGGGCUCUGAUGGCCAUUUGCGGUGAACGAUUGACUGGAAAAUUCCUUGCCCAGAAUAUGAUGUGCAAGAGUCUGGCUGACGUUGCCUUAAAUGUGAAACAGGCAAAAGAAUCCGUACGACAAAAGGUUCUGGUGCACGGCAUGGAGAAUGUCAAUCAAAUUCUGCUCGAACAACCGACGGCAUUGCCGUUGAGCCCAAGUUUUGAAGUGACCGCUGUCAAUUCCAGAUCGUGUGGCUACUUCAAUUCCAACACGCUCCCAUUGAAAGUCAGCUACAUUGGGCCAGAUCGAAUGAUUUUGCCGGCCAUUUUCAAAGCCGGUGACGAUUUGCAACAAGACAUGCUAACCAUUCAAUUGGUUCGGGUGAUGGAUAGGCUGUGGCUUGAAGAGGGUAUUGAUCUGAAAAUGGUGACAUUUGAAUGUGUGCCAACGGGACACAAGCGUGGCAUGAUUGAAAUGGUCACGGAUGCGGAAACGCUGCGCAAAAUUCAAGUGGAAUGGGGUUUGACGGGAUCAUUCAAAGACAAACCAAUCGCCGAAUGGCUGGAGCGGCAAAAUCCAAGCCAAUUGGAGUAUCAGCGUGCCGUUGAUAAUUUCACGGUUUCCUGUGCGGGCUAUAGCGUGGUCACGUAUAUUCUAGGCAUUUGUGAUCGUCACAAUGACAAUAUUAUGUUGAAAACAUCGGGCCAUUUGUUCCACAUUGAUUUUGGGAAAUUUCUCGGCGACGCUCAAAUGUUUGGCAAUUUUAAACGCGAUCGCACCCCAUUCGUUUUGACUUCCGACAUGGCAUACGUUAUUAAUAUGGGCGAUAAGCCAUCGAUUAAAUUCCAACAUUUUGUUGAUUUGUGUUGCAAAGCAUUUAAUAUUGUACGGAAACAUGGUGAUUUACUAUUGCAUAUGCUGGCACUUAUGGCGACAUCUGGCAUUCCAGGCGUUACAGCCGAUGCGGUGACCUAUGUGAGAAAUGCAUUACUUCCAGGCCAAUCGAAUCCAGAAGCAGCUGCAUCAUUUGCCAAACUCAUUCAUAUUUCGCUCAAAUCUUGGUUCACACAGUUCAAUUUCUUCCUGCAUAAUUUGGCACAAAUGCGAUUCACCGGCGAUGAGUGCAACGGUGAACUAUUGAGCUUUGUGCCGCGCACAUACACAAUGGCUCAAGACGGUCGACUGAAAUCCGUUACCGUGCAUGGAUAUCAAAAGCGUUACGAUUUAGAGAAAUACUAUACGUAUAUAUUGAAGGUGACACGACAAAAUCAACCGGAUCCAGCAUUUCUAUUCCGAUCGUACAAAGAAUUUUUAGAAUUUCACCAAAAAUUGUGCAUUCAUUUUCCACUUGCUAAACUUCACAGUUUAUCGAGUGGCAUUCAUGUGGGUCGAUCGAAUAUAAAAACGGUUGCUGAGCGUCGUUUGCCAGAGAUUCGUUUCUUCUUGGUGUCGCUAUUCAAUUCGGCUGAUGAAAUCGCUCACUCAGACUUAGUCUACACGUUCUUUCAUCCGAUUUUGCGCGAUCAACAAGAACAAGAUAUAAAUGUUGCGAAAGUGAAAGAUACCCGGCAAAUCGCGAGUCCGGCUGAGAAUGUUCGUGGUGAAAUUAAACUGUCGGUUCAGUAUCAUCGUGGCGCUUUGACGGUGAUGAUUUAUCAUGCCCGAUCACUGCCUCCGACGACCGGUGGUCAAGAGCCAAAUACAUAUGUUAAAGCUUAUUUAAAACCAGAUCCAACGAAAAUGACAAAACGUAAAACCAAAGUCGUUCGCAAAAAUUGCUUCCCAAGCUUCAUGGAAACGCUGGAAUAUCGAAUGCCAUUGGAGAACAUCCAAAAUCGUUUAUUACAGGUCACCGUUUGGACACAUGAUUCGCUACAGGAAAAUGAAUUUUUAGGCGGUGUCGAAUUGAGCCUCGGUCAAUUAGACCUAAGAGAGGAAUUCAUUAAAUGGUUUCCGCUGGGCUAUGUUACACGAUCGUAAUGGAUGCAAAGCAAGCGCUCCUACAAUCAACAAAAAUCAAGUGGAAAAA